AUGGAUCAAUUAUUGGAGCGUUGUCAACAACAUUUUUUCACUGAAGAUCUGUACAAGGUGUUAAAAAUGCAACCGCAAAGUACAACCAGAGAAGGUAUUGGUAUCGUGUGAUUUCAUAAUUACAGUUGUAUUAGAUAUUGCAAAUUAUUUAAUCAUUACUCUUGUUUUGUUUAGUUUAUGAAGCGUAUGUUAAGUUGUUUUUUAAAUAUAAGUUUAGCAAAAUGUCCGAAGUAGAAAAACAUUAUAGAAGGGAAAAAUUUAAAGUAAUCAGAGAAGCGUUCUAUUUUAUUAUCGACCAAAAGAAAAGGAAAAUGUAUGAUGCCAGUGGUAAGCUUUGUAUUAAACAAAUUUUUGUACUAAUAGGUAAUUCCAAACAUAUAAUUUUUGAACUAUAAAGUUAUAAGAUAGAAACUAAAUAAGUUUCUGAGUGAAAUACAAUGAAAAUGUAAUAUGUUAGUUAACUGUUGUCUGUUAAUGAAAAAUUUAGUGAUUAUUUAAUCAUAUAGUAUAAAAAUACUUAUAAAUUAUAAAUGCAAACUCUCGAUUAUCAGACUGGACGCAAGUCAUAAAAAAAUAUAUUUAUUUUGAAAAACUGUAAUUUUAAUCAAUUAAUCAAUAGUGACAUACCUAUAACCACAGUGUAAUGUGCACAUUUUUUGAUAAACACAGUAACUUAUCAAAAUAUUUGAUGCCUUUUAAACCAUAUUCUGAAAUGUUAAAUCUCAUUAAAUUUAAACGUUUUUAUGAGGUGCAGAUUGCAUUUUAUGAGGUCGAUAUUUGUGUGUUAUACAGGUAUUUUACAAACACUCAUUUAAAAUAUAAUAUCAUGUAAUUUCGUAUUUGUUAUUAUAUUGAAUAUUUUCUUAUUAUUUGGUCCUUAAUUCAAACACACAAUAGAUUAAAUGUAUUUGAAAUAUAACGUUUUUAUCAGAUAACCAUGAAUAUUCUGGAAUUUCAGUUUUUCUAUUAUAUAAUGAAUUCAUUAGUUACUAAAUCAAUUUUAUUUAUUAUUGGAUUUUUUUUGUUUUAUCAUAAUCAAUAAAGUUAAAAUAUAUAUUUUUUUAACCACUAUUCAUUUGUAGUACAUGUCUUUUAUGCAUUAUAAACAAUUCUAUAUUAACAAAAAGUAGAAAUGAGAGAGUUUAUAAAAAUGUAAUUUGAUGCAAAUUCAAAAAAAAAACAUCCUUGACAUUAAAGAUAUUUUAAAAUACUUUAAAAAUUAUGUUACUAAAUAAAAUCAGACAAAUUACAAUAUCCAAUGAUUUUGGUAUAUUUUAUUAAAUUUUUAUCUUCAAGUCUCCAUAAUUUUUGUUAUUCCAAACAGAAAAAAUGUUUAUAGUAUAUAUUUGUAAAAGAAAAUGGAAUGACUAAAAUGUGUUAUGUGUGAUCUGUAAUUGAAAUAUGGAAUCAAAUUUUACAUUUUUUUUUUUCCUUUUUGAUAUAUAAUAAAUUAGACCAUAUCGUGUAUAAAUGCACGUAUCAAAAUUUCUGCAAAUUAAUGAAAUUUUUUUUUAUAGUUACAUUUUUAUGGUCAAUUUGGUAUAAAUUGAUACUAAAUUUUUAUAUUUAAAAUAUAACGUUUAAAGUUUCGGUACGACUAUUCUAUUUGUAGUCGUGUAUCUAGUUAUAGUAUAUAAUUUUACUGAGCAUUGUCAAAGUCCAAGAUAUUUUUGUUUUUUUGCAAAUUUUUGAAAAACGAGUACAUAUUUUUGCAUAACAUUUGAAAAAAUUUGUAGAGCCUAUUUUAAUGCAUAUGUCAUCAAUUUUAGUGCAUAAUUUAUAGACUUUUAGAGCAUCCAAUUUAAUAAUUAUACUUAAUGUUAUUUAGAAUGGUUAUAUGUGUAAUUAGUUAAAUUUUCACAUUCUCCAGACUACAUUUAUUAUUAAUACAUUUCCCACAUUAUUUUUCAUUGCCAUUCCCUUACACUCAACGUAAUGCUUUCUCUGCUUUAACAAAUUCUUCUAAUCUCCCUUUCAAUGCACAUUCAAUUCGUUCUUCAUAGCUUCCGCCUAUUAUCUUAUUUAUUAAAUCAUACAUUAAUCUGACUGUUUUUGUAAUCUAAUGCUCAAAAAAUACAACACACAUGGAUAAAUUAAAUUUUAUUAAUUAGUUUUUAUAAGUGUCCUGCUUCGGCCGUCACCCAAAUUACAAACAGGGAGUUUUUAAUAAGAAAAUACGAAAUAAAAUAAUUAUAAUAUGGCAUACUACACGAAUAACUGAUAUUUAGACAUUGUGUGUUCCAUUAUCAUUCAGUUUACGUAAAAAAUUAUACAUUUAACUUAUAAUAAUUUAAAACAAUAGUUUCAAAAUUGUUAGUGAUUUAUUUUGUAAAUAUUAUUCCAAUAGUCAUCAGCCGCCAGCUAAAAAAAAAACAUUCCACCUGGCAGGAAAGAGAACAACCUACCAGCUCGCAGCCAAAAGAACAACCUACCGACGAAUCAGCAAAUAGAUCCGGAAUGAGAUUAGUAUCACUCGGUAACCUUCGAUCAAUCGCCUUGGAGCAAACCAUAGACUUUGAUGAAAAUACAAGAUAUUUGGAAGAUUUAAUGCGCCAUAUGCGCAUUAUCGGUAAUGUAUUGUAUAAAUUUGAGGUUAUUAGGGCUGAAAUAUAUCGUCGUCCAAGACGUAGUAUUCCUAAAUAUUCUGAAGAUUAA